AUGAAGCGAUCUGGCAGGAGGGAGUCGCCUCCCCGUAAGAUUUACCGGCGAGAUUUCUCUCCUACGAGUCGAAUAGAUCAUUUUCCGAGCACCGAUAGUGAUCAAGGCCGACAUAGAUCACUUAGAUCGGAGAAUAUGGAUAGACGCACUCAGCGACCCUACGACUCUGUGUCAUACCACCGCACUGUCCGUGAGGAUUCGAAUUUGACGUCUUCCCGGCGAGAAACGCCCUCAAAUGUUUAUGCGGGAAAUUUUUCAAACAGGAGACCUUCACGUCGGAGUUUGCUUUCGAGGUAACUCGGUGUUUUUUGCAUUUGGCCGGCGGUUGAACAAUGCGAGUGGCCUCUACGUAGGGGCGUAUAUGUUGUGCUCUACCGGUCCCAUUGGACUUCUUCUGUGUGAAUUUGACCGCCACAUUUCAGUUCAGUCGGCCGUCUAAUUAUGGAGCACAGUUACCGCGCGCUUCUAACAACAGGAUUGUUUCUGCGCCUAUUGCCCACCGCUGCGAUUGUUCGGACUUGUGAUAUGUGGAAUUGCAAUGUUGCUCUAAAUUGAAAACGGUUUCAACCGUUUUAGCUAAGGGCCUUCGGGGCUGUCGCAUCCCGUGCUUCAUGGUAAAGCCCCUUGCCGCUUCCACUGUUCCCAACUUGAGUCGACACGGAGUUUGAUUUCUUUUUGGGGGCUUGAAACAACUCGGAAUUUUGGAUGAUUUUCCUACAACACAAAUCCUCCUUCGUCUGACUUUCGGGCCUCUUGAAGCUCGAGCUUACUGGCAGUCACGCCCAUCGUCAAUCGCACCUUGUCUUCAACACCUGGAUGCCUCCGACCGCUUGUUUUUUUUUGGCGCUCUGAAAUAAAUCCUCUAGUAUUCUCCAAUCACCAGUCGUCGACGCCCAUAGGAGGUGUUCGUGGGAUACAGAGUCAAAACCUUGUGCGCUCAUACUUGGGUGCUAAAUUCGUCUUCUCUCAUCGGACCCCGUCAAACGCUUAUGCUGUCUUGUGCAUUUUUGAAAGAAGUGGGACUUUACGUUGUCCUAGUCUGCAGUUUGGAUAAUUUCGAUGUCCUGACCUUGAAGUGGUCUAAUAUCUGUGCCUGUCCGUGUGAAGCUUACAAUUGUUUUCUCACGUGACCUGCAGCUCAGGUGGCGGUCAACCAGUCGGAAUAACGUUAACGCACCUUAUUAGGCAUGCCUCGGUGCGGAUCGCCUUGAGUCCUUUUCGUAUCACUCGCCAGAGGACUUCAAGAUAUUCAGUCUCCAUAAUAUGUUCUUGCUCCUAGCUAGGGUAGCGCAGAUAAAACCAUCGACAGGAGUUCCUUUUAUACGUUGUUCCCCUUUCUAUCGAGUGCUUCGGAAAGGUUUCUCCACAGACCGUCUCCUCCGUGACUGUAGAUACGACAGGGCCCUUGUUCGAUGUUUUUGCGGUUUGUUGCGAGAAAGAGGCGGCCUUUAAGUAGUGCAAUAUGUGCAGUUUUCAUGCAAUGUAUACGUUUAAAGUAAGUCAGGACUAAUUAUGUGUAUUUGCUUCUUAAGCUUAUCUUCCGGAAUUCUUGUUUUGGUUUUUUUGGCAACAUGUUGACAGUUCUCUUUCUUCCUCCUUUCAGCGCCCCCAGGGCCAGUAAGCCUGGUCGUAACGCCGAACGUUAUGUGCCCAACACCUCCGAACGUCUUUUGCAGAAUUUUUCGGAACGUCCGACAAAGAUCGAUCCCGUUUUCGCCGCCGCCGCUGCUGCAGCAGCCCUCAAUGCCGGCCUUGUUCCCGGCUCUUCUGACUUUGCGAGUCUGGCUAACAAUGUUUCCCGGAGCUUCUGUUCAUCCGGCGCUUCUUCUUCGGCCGCUGUUGCAGCAGUAGCAGCAGCCGCAAUGAACGCAGCUGCGCUCGCGGCAGCAUUUGGAGGUGCUGCCCCUGCUCAAGGGUCAUUUGAACGUCAGCAACCGCGAUAUGAUCCAUCUGAACAGUAUUCCAGUUAUAGACAAUCGUCAAGACGUCGAUCGCCCUCUGAUCGACACUCUUUCAAUUACAGGAAGGAAUUAGCAACUGAUGGAUUGUUGUCGCGCCGCCCCAAUGACCGCGGCCGUAGAGAUGCUGAUAGAAUUCUUUCCACUCGUUUUCCGCAUCACCUGGACCACAAAGAGCCUGAAGACGAUCCAACCGCCACUCGUACCCUUUUUGUGGGAAAUUUGCCUCCGGAUAUUCGUGAAGCAGAACUGCGUGAGAUGUUCGAGCGCUUUGGUAUACUCGAAGAUGUGGAUAUUAAGCGUCCCCUCCCUAAUUCAAACUCCAACGCAUAUGCCUUUUUAAAGUAUGUGAAUCUUAACAUGGCUCAUCGUGCCAAACUAAAUAUGUCUGGCAAAACAAUCGGCCAGUUUACGUGCAAAAUAGGAUAUGGAAAGGUCACACCGACUCGAUGUUUGUGGAUAGGCGGUCUUGGUCCGUGGAUCAAGUAUCCCUCCUUCGCUGCAAUAGUAGAAAGAAUAGCGACUCCUGAAAAGAUAAUUUGGCCGUCUGGGAAAACUUAUGCGCAUAUUAUGUUUUCCUCAGUUGACACUGCAGAAAUGGUAGCUUCAACGCUCAGAGGCUAUCCCCUUGGCGGAAACAGUCGCAAGUUACGCGUAGAUUUUACGGAUGAAUCACACAUGCUGCACGACCCUUUGAUGUCAAAAAGAAGAACAAAGGUCUUUCCAUCUGCCCGACCCGUCCGAGAGGCUGCUCAUGUUAAUUCCAUAAUGAGACAUCGGGAACAUCGUCAAAGGAAUCAGAUAUUUUCUGACGUCUCCCAGGCCGUGGCUUCUGGAAAUAGAAGGAGACAGCAGUCUUUCUCGCGGUCUCCGCCUGACCGUUCCCCAUCUGCUAAAAACUCUUCUGUCGAUGGGCGUAGCGACAAGUCGUCUUCACAAGAGCGCCUGAGGUCGCCACCUUCUGAAUGUGGAUCACACUAUAGAGGACUCACCCCGUACCGUCCAAAGUCGGCUGGUGGCGACGACUCACAUACACCAACCUUGUCCACUAAAAGUUCUGCCAAGCAGACGACUAUCGAAACCGCCAAGUAUAUACAUGAUCUAGCAGCUUGUCUUCCCACUUCAUGGAACGCUGUUUUCGUCCUGAAAAAAAGCAGUUUCUCAUGUCGCAUGCACAUUUUACGAGGACACGAGGGUCUUGUUGACCAGUUUAUCCCUCGGUGGCCGGUUAAGGUGAAACACGAUCGUGUAUCACUAACAAAGUCCACCGGUAGGGGGGCUCCAAAAACACCUCCCGAGGAAGGCAGUGAACAAAGUGAUCAUGACAAGUACGAGCCUUCAAAACCGGGUGACAGGGUCGAUGAUUUGCACGUCAGUGAAGAGUUUGACGGAAGUCAGAAUUUCCUACGCAUAAGCCAGCGCAUGAAAAUGGACCCGUCCAAGCUUGACGAUGUGAAUCAACGCAUGAAAAUUGUUGGUGAUCAAGGCUACUGCGUUCUUCUUGCCAUGCCACUGGAGGAUGAGGGUUCUUAUCCUGAAUCAGGUCAUAUGCGUUCCGCGCGGCCCCUCCGCGAUUUAAUUAACUACCUUUCCACCAAGGACGCUGCUGGUGUCGUUUUGUUAAAUCCACUUUCCUCGACGGAUUCAAAUACACACACCAAAACGACUUCUGAGGAGACUUCGGUAACUGGUGUGCUGCAUGUCUUGCCGCCUUGUGAUUUUGCCUACAAUCUACUUUCUGAACGCGCUGUAAGCCUACAGAAACCUUCACCAAGUGAAAAGUUUCUUGUAAUUCUCCUAAUUCGUAGUUGUGGUUUCUUGUAA